AUGGCGGAGCGCUAUGACUGCCACUACUGCAAAGAGUCUCUGUUUGGGAAACAGUAUGUUCUGCGUAAUGAAAAUCCUUACUGCAUGAAGUGCUAUGAGAGCCUCUACUCCAACACCUGUGAGGAAUGCAAGAACCCAAUUGGCUGCAACAGCAGAGAUCUGUCUUACAAGGACCGUCACUGGCAUGAUGACUGCUUCCACUGCUUCAGAUGUCAUCGUUCUCUGGCAGACAAGCCAUUCUCCACUAAGGAUGAGCAGCUACUGUGUACUGAGUGUUACUGUAAUGAGUAUUCUUCUAAAUGCUAUGAGUGCAAGAAGACAAUCAUGCCAGGUGAAGGCUCCAGGAAGAUGGAGCAUAAGGGAAACAGCUGGCACGAGACCUGCUUUACCUGCCAGCGCUGCCAGCAACCCAUUGGCACCAAGAGCUUUAUUUCAAAGGACAACAGUAACUACUGUGUGCCAUGCUACGAGAAGCAAUUUGCACUGCAGUGUGUGAACUGCAAGAAGCCAAUCACCACUGGGGGAGUGACCUACCAUGACCAGCCAUGGCAUAAGGACUGCUUCCUGUGCACCGGCUGUAAGCAGCAGCUUUCUGGCCAGCGCUUCACUUCUCAUGAUGACUUCCCCUACUGCCUGAACUGCUUCUACAACCUGUAUGCCAAGAAGUGUGCUGCCUGCACCACCUCUAUUAGUGGUCUGGGAGGAAGCAAAUAUAUCUCUUUGGAAGAAAGACAGUGGCACAAUGACUGCUUCAACUGCAAGAAGUGCUCUGUGUCCCUAGUGGGCCGUGGCUUCCUGACUGAGAGAGAUGACAUCCUGUGUCCUGACUGUGGCAAAGACAUCUGAUCAGAUAGCAUUGCACUGCUUUGCUUAACAUUUGAUGCUUUUAUCAAAGUUACAGGUAAUAUAUUUCCAGAUAAUUAGCUUUUAAAAGAAUUGUUUACCCAAAAAUGAAAAUUCUCUCAUUUACUUACCCCAUGCCAUCCCAGAUGUGUAUGACUUUCUUUUUCUGCAGA